UUUAAAUUCUCAUUUUGUAUCCCAAAGCGGUAAAGACACGAGAAAAACGGGAGAAAUAUCCUUGAAACAAAAUCCAAGCGCUGUUGAUCUGACUUUCACUACAGUUCCCAUGAUGCCCCGGCAGCCAUCCGUAUGCGCGCUGCCUUUGCACGGCUGUUGCUGCCUUUGCAGAUUUAUAAACAAUGCCGCUAGGUCUAGUCGAUCUGCAAAAGGCACAGAGGGAAAUCCAGAUGAUUGUAGCAGCUGCUAAAAUGCGUCUCCGCUCCUGAAUGUAACCCCGGUUUAUAUUUGGCUUAAAGGAGACGCAACAAAGCGCACAAAAUGGUUGUGCACCAGGCCCGGGCGAAUAAGUAGGUUUACUAUAGCUUUAAGAACGCGAAAAUAGUGUCUGCUUCUUUAAAAUUAUAUCGGUUUAUUAAUGAAUAGAUAAUUAAGAAAAGUUUUCAAUUUCUAAUCAAUAAAUAUAUGCAUUUAAUUUGCGACGAACUCAGCGCACUGACGGAAAAUGUCCCACUGUUGGAUAAAGGCCGCUUGCCAUCAAAACGUCUUUAAACCAGAUGUGGUCCGUUUUUCCUCUAAUUGCAAGUAAACCUGCUUGACUUUGAGCGGAAUUUGAGGUAGGCAGAAGUGUCCUCACGGUGAUGGAACCGGUCGGCGACCGAACCGGAGAUGUAAAUACAGGUGAAGAAUCGGCGGAGGACAAGGCCGCAGAUCAGACCCCGGCCACCAGUACGACCGUUACACCGCGGAGGGGGCUCAGAGAGCGGGGAGCGGGCCGCCCGAGGUCCGGCGUCUCCGCUUCGUUAACGGACGUUAACGGAGCAGCAUCGAGCCCGCAGAGCUCGGGACGGGUUCUCAGAGACAGGUCAACGAGGGCAGUACCGGCCUGGCUGAAGGACACCAAGAGCGACGACGAAGACGAACCGAGCCAGGACACCGGCGCGACCAAGCGGAGGAAAGUUUCCAACUCCAGGCGGAAGAAAAUUUCAGAAUCUGCGGGUUUGGCAGAGGCUGAAGGGGGGGUCGCAGGUGACAGCCUUCAAGGCACAGACUCUGAGAACCUCAAGAAACCUGCUACAGAUGCUCAAGCUCUUCCCUCUAGACGCCCCCCAGCCCAGACUCGUGCCAAGCCCCCUUCUGGCAGGGCCAGUCGCAGCUCUGCCAAGCCUGUGUGUAAGACCGAACCUGGAAUGGAGAAUCCAGCUGCAGUGGAAGGAGAGGUGAACAAUAAAGAGAAGUAUGACAUUAAAAAAAAAGAGGAGGAAAGCGUAAAUGUUGCUGACCCAGUCUUGGAUGAUGAAGACCCUCCAUUUCAGGAUGACCCUAACGACCUCAACUACCAGCCACAGAGUCAGAGCGGUGCAGAGGAGGAAGAGGGCCUCAGCAGUGACGAAGAUGUUCCUUUUAGAGAUGACUUAAAUGACCAGAGCUACGACCCGAAGGGUGAAAGGGAUGCCCCGAAACCAAAGCGUAGAGCUCCUCUUAGACAGAAGGAGAAGAAAGAAAAAGAUAAGGCACCUAAAAAAGAGAAAGAGGUCGCUGAGAUAAAGAUAGAAGGUUCGGACAAUUUGGAGAGUGUGGAAGAGGAAGUAAAGCUAGAAGAAGAAAUUGUGGAGGACCCGGAUGGACCCAGGAAGAGAGGCCGGCGGAAAAAAGAUGACAAAACCCCACGGUUGCCAAAGAGAAGAAAGAAGCCCCCAGUGCAAUAUGUGCGCUGUGAAAUGGAAGGAUGUGGGACGGUCCUAGCUCAUCCUCGCUACCUACAGCACCAUAUAAAAUACCAGCACUUACUCAAGAAGAAAUAUGUAUGUCCUCACCCGUCCUGUGGAAGGCUUUUCCGCCUACAGAAGCAGCUUCUGCGUCAUGCAAAGCACCACACAGACCAGAGAGACUACAUUUGCGAGUUCUGUGCUCGUGCCUUCAAGAGCUCCCACAACCUGGCUGUGCACCGCAUGAUCCACACAGGAGAGAAGCCCCUACAGUGUGAGAUCUGUGGCUUCACCUGUCGCCAGAAGGCGUCUCUCAACUGGCACAUGAAGAAGCACGAUGCUGAUGCCACCUAUCAGUUCUCCUGCUCCAUUUGUGGUAAGAAGUUUGAGAAGAAGGACUGUGUUGUGGCCCAUAAGGCUAAGAGUCACCCUGAGGUGCUAAUCGCUGAGGCGCUGGCAGCCAACGCUGGCGCCCUCAUCACAACCCCUGCCUCCCUGCUGGAGCUGCCGGGAAACCCCAUGCAAGCAGAGGUCACCAACUUGGACGUGAGCCAGGUAGGGCAGGAUGGGCAGGUGGACCAGCUGAGCCAGGAAGGGCAGGUUGGGCAGCAAGUGGCUCAGGUGUCCCAAAUGGGUCAUGUGGCCCAACAGGUGAGUCACCAGGUGGUUUUACUGGGACAAGACCAGAGCCUCCAUACCAUGCAGGUGCCAGUGACGAUUGCUCUGUCCCCUAUCGACCCCCCUUCACCGGCUGACAACCAGCAGCAGACUCACCUCCAGCUGCAGAUGCCCGUCCAGUUUGUGCAGGCCGCUCAGCAGCCACAACAGCCUCAAAUCCAACAACUGACCCUCCAUUCCAGCUCAGUGGUGACGCAGCACCGACCCCAGCUCCAGCCUCUUCAGUCGUAUUCCUCCCAGCAACAGAGCCAGGGGCAGACACAAAUCCUGCAAAUGACCUUCCAGCCGGUCAGCCAGUCCCAGACCCACAUUCAGCAGAUCCCAAUCCUAGCGACCUCUCAUCAACUUCAGACCCUGCAGACAGCCGCUCCGAGCCCCCCUCUACUGUCCCCAUCCCAGCCUCAGUCCCAGGAUCCAGCCUCCACCAACGGGGACAGCUUUAUUCUGGACAAUCCCGUGCUCACUUCCUCCUCUCCAUCAGCCAACUCCCUCCAGCAUACAGAGGCUGGGGGGGAGGACGGCGUGGUCUGGGAGCAAACAGGCCAUGGGGAAGUUCUGGCUGACGGCACUGAGAGACAUGUGCAGCAGGCCCUCAUGUAACAUGAGGAUGGAGCACACAAAGAAGAAAAUAGAGGAAGAUUAUGUCACCAGUGACCUAAUAUUACUGUAUUGCAAUGUUUGAGGUAAAUGUAGGAUCACCAAUAUAUUAUGUACUGUUCACUCAUAGUCAUAUUUGGUAGUUUUUUUUAGAAUAUCUGUAUCAGGGAAAGAUAUGUAUGUGUCUGUAUGUGUAAGUUGUUGCCUUUGUACAUAACAGUCCUGUAAACUUAACUAGCCUUUUAUGUGAGUGUGUGUAUUGAUGCUGAGGUAAUGCUGCAGAGAUGUUGCUAUUAUGCAAUAAUAUAGCAUACCUCUUAGUAAUAUACAGCACAUCCAAUGCCAGGUGUGUCGCAAGUUCCUACUGGAAUAAAUCAAAUUAAUUUAUAUAAUGAAUUAAACAUAAAACACUUGUUAGAAAGCUAUAAACAUCCACAAUAUGUGUGGGGUGAGUAAAAUCUGUUUCAGCAAAUAGACAGUCGUUUUUCAUUUAUUGUCCAGAUCAACUAAAAAACAUUCACUCGAGGUCAAAGCACACUCUGAAUUCACAAAUAAAGAUUAAACAUUUAAAAACCUGGGAAAGUAUAGAGAGGAAAAAGGUGUUUCACAGGCCUGUAAAAAGUCACAAAAUAUGCAUAUUUUAGAGAUCUGGGCAAUGUCAUUAAACCUGUUCCAAUGAUAUUUGUGCAGCUGUUUGUUAAGCCUUGCUGUUAAUUGACUUUGAAGGAAUAAUAGCCCGUAUAAUGUAGUCUUAGGUCAAUGUAGGUAGGCAAAAGGUGGCCUUGGACAUUUUAAAUCCCACAUAAACCCUCAAAAAACAGCAAGCCCAGUCAAUGAUUUAGACAGUUAAACUCAAAACUUGUCUAUAAUCUUUACCUUGGAAACCGCUCUGAUCUGUGAAAUAGGAUGUGUGGUAGCACUAAAAACAAAAACUGUUCAUUUAUAUGAUGUAAAUAAAUGUCUUAACAUUUA